AUGCCGUUGAGAGAACCGGAGCGGAACCAGGUCCAAGAGCAACCGUCACAGCCAGUAGCCGAGCUAGAAGGCGAUGUCACCGCUGAUGCGGAAAUACACCUAGUGGACUUGCACGCGUACAUUCGUUUUCGAAACGAGGACGGUGACGCUGUUCCCCGAGACGUUCAUGAUCUUCCACAACCUGUCCAAACAGCGCUCGAAGACCGCUUCAAGGCCAUGUGGGACUGCAAAGAGGGAAGGGUCAAAGAGUACGGCAGAAUCACCUCGAAGCCAGAGUUGUACACCGACAAGGAGUAUUGUAUCCGCAACCUCAUCAUCCGUGGUUCGAGGGUCAGGGGCACCAUGUUCGGGCACGGCGGCAAGCACAAGAAAUCCGCGUGCGAUAAAUGCAUCAACAGCGGCCACCCCUGCGCCCACGUCAUCAAGGUCAACGACGAGUUCGGAAAACUCUUCGUCCCUCUACCUCGAGCUCUGAGGAAGGGGCAGAACUGGGAUGAGCUCGGGUACUGGGUCGUGGAGAAGUGA